GAGGUAAGAAGAAGCAGCUGCUAUUUGUGGACUACUCUUGGUGUUUUAUAUCGUUCGCCGUAGCCCUAAAUUGCAAUGCAAACCGGCUUUAUAUAAACAAAAGAUAUGGAAGACCGCACUGAUACGGAGCCCGUGCUGCUCUCCAAGCACGCCAAGAAUCUGCUCCGAUUCCUUAAUCUCCUGCCAGCUCGCAUGGCCUCGCACGAUAACACCAGGAGCACCAUUGUGUUCUUCGCCGUCUGCGGCCUGGAUGUGCUAAACUCAUUGCAUCUGGUGCCGCCACAACUGAGGCAGGACAUCAUUGACUGGAUCUACGGAGGAUUGGUAGUGCCACGCGACAACGAGAAAAACUGCGGCGGUUUCAUGGGCUGCCGCGCCAUGGUGCCCAAAACCGAGGACGCCGAGAUCUUGGAGUGCAUGCGGAAUUACCAGUGGGGCCACUUGGCCAUGACGUACACCAGUCUCGCAGUGCUGGUCACCCUGGGCGAUGAUUUGUCCCGACUGGAUCGGAAAAGCAUUGUGGACGGAGUGGCUGCUGUUCAGAAGCCUGAGGGCAGUUUUAGCGCCUGCAUCGAUGGCAGCGAGGAUGAUAUGCGAUUUGUUUAUUGUGCCGCCACCAUAUGCUACAUGCUGGACUACUGGGGCGAUGUCAACAAGGAGACCAUGUUUCAGUUCAUCACUCGGAGCCUGCGAUACGAUUACGGUUUCAGCCAAGAGCUGGAGGGGGAGGCCCAUGGCGGCACCACAUUCUGUGCCUUGGCGGCGUUGCAUCUUAGUGGACAACUGCAUCGCCUGGAUGCCACGACGGUGGAGCGAAUGAAGCGUUGGCUCAUUUUCCGCCAGAUGGAUGGAUUCCAAGGACGCCCCAAUAAGCCAGUGGAUACUUGUUAUUCCUUCUGGAUUGGUGCAUCGCUAUGUAUUCUGGACGGCUUCGAACUAACCGAUUAUGCCCGGAACCGAGAAUUCAUUCUGAGCACACAGGAUAAGCUCAUUGGGGGCUUUGCCAAGUGGCCGCAAGCCACGCCUGAUCCGUUUCACACAUACCUCGGUCUCUGCGGACUAGCUUUCACGGGUGAACCUGGGCUAAGCCCCGUGAAUCCCAGUCUGAACAUGUCCAUGGCCGCCUACGCUCACCUGCAGCAUCUGCAUGAGCAGUGGCGGUCCGCAGAUGGCCGAGGCGACGAGGAUAUUAGUGUAAGCUCUGCAUUCAAGCAACAACUCCACCUGUCAAAGGGGGUCGAGGCGACAUCCACAACAACUACCUCUAACUCGCCAUUAAUUUCAGCACAAUGAUGGGAAGCCGCACAAAGCACGAGGGGAAAGUUAAAGCACACUAUUGUAUUUAUAUUGGCCACAUUUUAGCCACGCUUUUUAUGCCCUUGCAGUUAGUAUAUUUAUUUUAUCGAAAAGUUUGUAGCGCAGUGGAUGAGGCAUUUGCGACCAUAUAAACUAUAUAUCAGUAUCACCAGCGGAGUCGAUACGGCCAUGUCCGUCUGUCAGUUUCUAUGCCAAAUAGUCUCUUAGUUUAGCAAUCUGCAUGAACGGGUCGUUGUUUUUAAUCGGUAUAAAUGUUAUAAUUACUGCAAGGGUAUAUAAGUUUCGGCUUGCCGAUUCUAGCUUACUUUCUGGUUUACAUGUAUUUUAAUGCAAAAAGCUCGAGCUUUUGGAGAGAGAGAUGAAUAAGUUAGUAUGUUUAUUGUACAGCCUAAAUUAAUGUUAACAAUGUGUAAGAUUAAGCUUAAAAGUAAAUUAAAGCGUCCCAUGCUGAGGCAUGUAUUUACAGC